AUGACGAUAGAUAAGCGCGAUUUCGACGCGAACCGUCCGCUCCUCCAUGACCUCGAUACAUCACAGGAUACGGGUGAUCGAAGCCCACAGCCCUCCCGAUUACGGUCUGGGUCAGGGAAUUCACGUAACUCCGAUGACAGAUUCGGGAUACGGAGCGAUGACGGACUUUUGAGUGAUGUCGUUGAGGAGCUAGUUGAACGGGAUAGAUUGAAGAUGCAGAAGGAGGUUAUUCGAGUAGUGAGCUUUGGUUGGGGCAUUGUGACUUGCUUAGGGGCUGGCAGUAUCACUGCUUUCUCUCUGUAUGGUCAUCUACUCCUUACUCGACUCCAUUACUCGCAGCUCCAGGUCAAUGCUGUUUCCAUCGCUGCGGAAAUCGCAAUGUACCUACCCGUGCCCUUGUUCGGCUACUUGUGUGAUCGGUACAGUCCGUCACCACUAUCGUUGCUUUCAGGACUGGUGUUCGGCCUCGGUUAUCUCCUUGCUGCAUUUGCGUACAAGAGUGGUCCGCCUGUUGAUGUUGGCGGGUCUGGAUGGCCGUUCUGGGUUAUGAUCGUGGCUUUCAUUGCCAUCGGCAUGGGAACUAGCUGCAUGUAUCUCGCAGCGGUGGCGGCAUGCGCCAAGAACUUCGGCAGGGGUAAGCAUAAGGGCAUCAUGCUUGCUAUCCCCAUUGCAGCGUUCGGUCUCAGUGGCAUGUGGCAGAGCCAAGUUGGGACGUACUUUUUCUACGAACAUCUUGAGGAUGGAAGCCACGGUGAUCUCGAUGUUUUCAAAUACUUUGUGUUUCUUGCGCUGCUGCUCCUGACAAUUGGUACCAUCGGUACAUUUGCAUUGCGUAUUGUGGAAGAGGAUGACAAGUAUAUCGACGAGACCGUUGAAGAACUGGAGCGCAGCGGAUUGCUGGAGGAAAGUGACUUCUUCCGGCCGCGGAAUGAGAUCAGGCAAGCUGCUGAGUACGGCACUUUUUCCGGUGCAUUCGACGAGGAGCAAUCACAAUUGUCCGAUGAAGAACGUGAGCAGCAAAGAUUAGAGAAAGAACGCGAAGAAGAAGAGCGCCGGAAGAAGAAUUGGCUACUGAACUACGAAACACGGGUGUUCCUGCAGGACCAGACUAUGUGGUGGCUGGCCGCGGGCUUUUUCUUGGUCACUGGGCCCGGCGAGUCAUACAUCAACAACUUGGGCACUGUCAUCCCGACUUUAACACCUCAAUCAUAUCCUACGGAUGCAUCACCACCAGCUGGCUCCCCAUCAACCCAUGUCACAACUAUCGCCCUGACUUCAACCAUCGCCCGUCUCCUGACAGGCUCGCUAUCCGACUUCUUCGCGCCCCCAGCGACACAUCUAUUCCCUCCGAUCCCCGAAGGAGCUCGUCAUGGACACACUGCAUCCACUACGUCACCCGGCCUCACUCUAUCCCGUAUGACCUUCCUCAUCCCCUCGGCCAUCCUCCUCUCCCUAGGCUACCUCCUCCUCGCCUCCCCUCUCCCAAUAGCUUACCCAGGAACUUUCAACCUGACAACCGCUCUCAUUGGCUUCGGUUACGGCGGCGCCUUUUCCCUCACUCCCAUCAUCAUCUCCGUCGUCUGGGGCGUCGAGAAUUUUGCCACGAACUGGGGUAUCGUCGCCAUGAUGCCCGCAGCUGGCGCAGCACUUUGGGGAGUCGUCUACUCAGCCGCUUACCAGAACGCCAUGGAUCAUGGAGAUGGUGGUGGCUUGCCCGAUGGCCAAUGCCACGGCUGGCGAUGCUAUGGAUUCUGGGCUGUUGGCUGCCUAGUGAGUGUUUGGAUUGCCGUGCUAGCCUGGUUGGCCGCUUGGAGAGGAUGGAAGAAAAGGGGUAUCGUUGUUUAA